CUGUGUUUGCUUCUAGAGAGAGAGAGAGAGGGCGUGAGAUGGAAGUAGACGGCAACAGAAGAGACGAGGACACGGCUGACUCCCCAACCCAUUCUCAGCAAACUGUUUCUGAUGAUGAUGAAAUAGACUACUCUGUUAAACCAGAGUUAUAUGAUCCCAAUCUUGAUGAUAAAGAUGAACUAUGGGUUCAGAAGAGAAGAAGAGGUUGCAACUCUGAUGCUGUACUUAGCUGCCCAGCUUGUUUCACAACCCUCUGUCUAGAGUGCCAAAGGCAUGAAAAAUAUGUUACCCAGUACAGGGCAGUUUUUGCUAUGAACUGCAAGAUUGGUAGUGACCAAGUCUCGCAGCAAAACAACCCGAACCAGAGAAGAGGGAAAAGAGGGAGGAAAUCUGGGGAGAAUGAAGCAGGCUCCGCCGGAGGUGAACCACUGCAUAAAGUAAGCUGCUCAGUUUGCUCAACAGAGGUUGGCAUUAUUGAUGAAGAUGAGGUUUAUCAUUUCUUCGAUGUUCUUCCAAGUGAGUCUUGAGUUUCAUUACAAGUUCCUGUAUUUUUUUACACAAAGUUGCUGCAUCGUUGCCUUAACCCAUAUUUCAAAGGAAAUGCCUUGACCUAUAUAAAUAUUUGUUUGGGAUUUAUAUUUCAAGAUAAUCGAAUUUGAGAUAGAUUUGAGGUGGGAGAAUCUAGUGGACUUUGGGUUCAGGGAGAGCUUCUCCAACCCAAACCUGGUAAGGUGACUCGUUGUUAUAGGUUCAGCCCAUCGCAGUGUAAAGAGAAUUGGAAAAUGACUGAAAAUA